AUGCCUUAAAACAUUUAUGAUUUACAAUUAAAAUAGUAGGAUAGGCUUUUAGCUAAAUUCCAAGAGUUAUUUAGUAAACCUACCCAUGUGAAUUAUAUGAGUAAGUGGGAAGCUAUUUUGGUAGCAAUAUUUUUUCUGUUGGAAGGUUUUUGGUUUACUAAUCUAUUACCUCAUAUCACUUUAGUUACAAUAUAUGUGAUUAAGAUUUUGAGAUGUUAGUCAAAUCAAUCAUUACAAGUAUUUGCCAUCAGAUGGAUGUUGGUGUGUAAGAUUUUGACAAGCAGAUUUUUAUGGGCAUUUAGAUAGGAGAUCACAUAGGAAAAUUUGAGAAUUGAUUUUCUUUUAUUUUGCUUUUAAGUAAUUGCAACUGUCACAAAAUUUAGGAUAUCCAACAAUAAAAUAAUAGUAAUAACAAUGGUUUUGGUUUUGUAAGUGGGAUUAUCAAUAUUUCACAAUUAAAAAAUUGAUGAUGUUAUUUUGGUUAGUUUAAUUGGAGUAUUGACUAAUAUCUGGUUGAUAUUUCAUCGACAACAAUAACAUCAGUUGGAACAUGAAUAGAAAUUAAAGGAGUUUGAUGGAGAAGCUAUGAAAUUGAAGAAAGAAACUGAAAUGUCAUACAAAACUAUUUUUAUAGCCGAUUAACAGUAAUCUCGCUAGGAGGAAUUAUUGAAAAAGUUGAGAUUGCUCAAAUAUGAGAAAAUGCUUAACAAAUCUGAGUAAACCUAUUAUGAGGAACAGGUGCUAUAAAAAUAAUUAAGUUCGCCAUCCCGUAUUUUGACUUUACGUUAGCUACCAGAAGAUGAGGAUAAAAAUUCGAUUGAGGAGAUAGGGGAAACGCCAAGUAAGAGAUCGCCGAUCAGAAAAAUAUAAAGGAUAAACUCAAUUAAUGAUAAUUCCUAUUACGCUAGAACGGCAGGUCAUAGUAUUAAACAAGAUGAAAUUAAGGAGAAUGAGAAUUUCUUAACUUUGGAUGAAAUAGAUGAUUUGUUGAAGAUCGUGAGUGGGAGAAAAGAACAUCUGUGGUUACCUUAAUUCUUAAGGAGUAACAAAAAUAUCAAUCCUGAUUAAUCAGAGUAAUUUUCUCCAGAAGCUAAAAGGUAAUUUGUUUAUAUAAUUUUAAAUAGUUUUAUUCUUAAUCAUUUUACAGAAUGUGAAUUCAAUUUUCAAUUGUCAUCUAGUCAAUAAUAUAUUUAGGAGUAGUAUCAUAUUCCAAAUAUGAAUGACAAUUUGAUGAAAGAAUGUGAUAAGAAUUUCAAUUUUGAUUUCUUUGAAUUGAAUGAUCAAAAAAAAUUCAUCAAUUAUUGUUCUUUCAUCUUUCAGAAAUACAAGUAAUAACUAAAUUAAAUUUAAAUAGUGUGAACUAAGUCUUAAAGAUCAAGGAUAAUGCAAUUUAAAUAGAAUUUUGUCAUAGAAUUGAAUAAUUUUACAUGCAUAAUCCAUAUCACAAUUCAUUACAUGCAAUGGACGUGACUAAUUCAGCCCUUUUCUUUUUGGAAAAUGGGUUGCAAGUAACCCAAUUUGAAUAGUGUUGUCUAAUAAUAUCAUCAUUGUCUCAUGAUGUUGGUCACCCUGGUUUAAAUAACGGUUUUUUAGUUGCAUCUCAAUCAAAAUAGGCUCUAAUUUGUAAAAAUGAUAUUAAUAUUUAGACAAUGAUCAAAGUGUAUUGGAGAGUUAUCAUGCAUCAUUGUUGUUUCAUGUUUUAAAGGAUGACAAGACCAACAUCAUAAAAAACCUAAAUGAUGUAGAUUACAAGGGAUUUCGAAAAUAUUGUUUGAAUUUGAUUUUAGAUACAGAUCUUCAGAAAAAUUUUCCAUUGCUUAACAAAUUCAAGAACUUUUUAGCCUUGGGAUCAGACAGUCAACAAGAUGAAUAAAAUAAGUUAUUAGUGUUGUCGAUAGCAAUAAAAUGUGCAGGUAAAUAUAUGAAGUAAAUAAGAUGUUGGACAUGGAGCCAAACAAUUGAAUUUGCAUAAAAUAUGGAGUCGAAGAAUAAUCGAAGAGUUCUUCUUGCAGGGAGAUUUAGAGUAAUAAGUGGGUAUAUCAGUGACACCAAUGUGUGAUAGAAGUUAGAGUGUAACAAAAUCUUAGGAAGGAUUCCUCAAGGCAAUAGUUUGGCCAUUAUUUGAUGCCUUCUCGGAAUACUUGAAGAAGUAAAUUACAAAUGUAGUAUUUUAGUGAUAAUUUCAAAAAAACAUGUUUAGAUUAAAUCAAUGUGAAUAUUGCCUAUUGGUAAUAAUAACAGUAAGAAGAAGAGUAGUAGAGUGAAGGAUAAAAAAAAUGUUCAUUCUUUAUCGAUACAAAUUAUAUUCAUCUACCUCUGUAAAAUACCAAUACAAUGAUAAAUUUGAAUUGGUGA